AUGGAUGAAUCCACUCUUUCCUCUUCUCGGCGGGCGGUGGAUCUUGGCGGGGUUGUGGCUGUCGAGCGUAACAUUCCAGGUCCCCGUGGAUCGAUCGCACUGACUCCUGCAAAGCACCCGCUCAAAGCCCGUAUCCCCAUGGUAACAAUCCUACAUGUAAACGGCAAUAUCCGUACAAUAUUUGCCACUUUCACUGUCGUCAGGUCAUCCGCCCACGGCCCGGAUCUUACACAUCGUGAAGAGGCAAAAGCUGUUAUAGAUAGAUCAUGGUGCAGCCCAGGGUGCAAACAAAGCAGAAAACUUUUUGGAAUUAGAGGAAGGGUGAGCCAAAUCUCACCUUGGACAGUGCUGCUCCUUACUGAUGUCUCCAACCUUAAUCCAGCCAAGGUCCCGUCGCUCGCGUGCAGCAGCUCUUACUGGUUCAGCACCGGUGGCCUGAGGAUGGUUGCUUGCUCACUUGUUAAGGGGGAGGGACUCAGAGUGCAAAUCAUCGUUGGUGGGUGCUUGGGAGCCUAUCGGAAACGGCUUCCAUCUCAGUCGGCUGGGUUAACAUCGGCACAGUAG